GUAAAUGACUCGAGUGCAGAUAAAGAUACUGAGCGAUUUGUGACUAGUUUGCGAAUUUAUGUUUGCAACGGAACCAAACGAUUUCAUUAACCAUAAUGACCUGCAUGAUUUCCUUCCCCACAGUACGAGGGACUUGCUUGCAUCGUGAAGAAAAGUAGGUUUUUGCGUCAUCUCGCAAAGGGAAAAAUCCUCGUGGAAUCUGCUAGCGUGGAGUAAAACGGGCUAUCCCGUGUGUAAAAACGAGCGCAUAGGGCACCGCCCACGAGACAUGAGACUUCACUCUGCUGCCGGCCUGCGACGUCUUGUGUAGGUGAAAUCCUUUUGCUGGGAUGGCGGGAGAUGGAACCCCUCGUUUUGGGGUGACCAACUGUGUGACCAAGGUGGCCCUGAGUGUCUCCUGCAAGAAUCUGAUGGACAUGGACUACUUUUCAAAGUCCGACCCGCUGUGCGUCAUGUACAUGAGCACAUCUGGAACCACCUGGGUGGAGGUUGGUCGCACAGAGAAAAUCAUGAACUGCCUCAGUCCCAAUUUUUCCAAGACGUUUGUCAUCGACUACCACUUUGAGACGGUGCAGAAAUUGAAGUUUGAAGUGUAUGACAUUGACGACGAUGCCAGCAACAGUCUCCUGAACGCCGACUUCUUGGGAGAACUGGAAUGUACAUUGGGACAGGUUGUGUCUUCGAGGAACCUAACAAAACCACUUGUCAUGAAGGACAAGAGCUCUGCAGGAGCUGGAACCAUCACUAUACAUGCAGAAGAAAGAACAGACAACAGGGUGGUGCGAUUUGACGUUGCUGCUCGACAACUGGACAGGAAGACUUUUUUUAGCAAGUCUGACCCAUUCUUGGAAUUCUAUAAGGAGACAGAAACAGGAUGGCUGUUGGCUCACAGGACAGAGGUGGUAAAAUACAAUCUGAACCCUGGAUGGAAACCUUUCCAAAUUCCGAUUCAGGCACUCUGUGGAGGGGACGUGGAGAAAUCUAUAAAGGUUGAUUGUUACCACUACAGCAGCAAUGGCUCGCAUAGCUUCAUUGGAUCCUUGCAGACCACACUUAGCCAAAUACAGCAGGCUUCGCAAACAUAUGCGGGUGAGUUUGAAUGCAUCGACAGGAAAAAGAAGCAGAGCAAGAAAGGCUACAAAAACUCUGGUAUUAUAAUCAUUAAGCAAUGCAAGAUUGUGAAGGAGUAUACUUUCCUUGAUUACGUAUUUGGUGGCUGUCAGAUUAACUUCACUAUCGCCAUUGACUUCACAGGGUCCAACGGGGAUCCCAACUCUCCGCAAUCCCUCCAUUACAUCCACCCUUAUGGCUAUAAUGAAUACCUUUCCGCUAUCACGGCAGUGGGUAAUGUCAUCCAAGACUAUGACAGUGAUAAAAUGUUCCCUGUUUUGGGAUUUGGAGCGCAGAUCCCUCCUACAUGGCAGGUCAGCCAUGAGUUUGCUGUCAAUUUCAACCCUUCAAAUCCUUUUUGUGAAGGCAUUGAAGGUGUCGUUCAAGCCUACCAGCAGUGUUUGCCACAGGUGAAGCUCUACGGCCCGACAAACUUCUCUCCGGUCAUCAACCACGUUGCGCAUUUUGGCAGCCAGGCCUUACAGCAGCAAACGGCCUCUCAAUACUUUGUGCUGCUCAUCAUCACUGACGGCGUGAUUACGGACAUGGAUCAGACUCGCGACGCCAUCGUCAAAGCCUCGCGUCUGCCCAUGUCCAUCAUUAUCGUGGGAGUGGGCCAGGCAGACUUCGGUGCCAUGGAGUUCUUGGAUGGAGAUGAUGGACUUUUACGCUCGGCCUCAGGCGAGGCUGCCAUGAGAGAUAUUGUCCAGUUUGUUCCAUUCAGACAGUUCAAAAAUGCAGGCGCUGCCGCCCUUGCCCAAAGCGUACUGGCUGAGUUACCUGACCAAGUGGCCUCCUUUUUCAAUUUAUUUGACCUGAAGCCCGCCAGUGACCCCGGUCCUUAGAAGUGCAAUUGAAUGGAACAAUUGGCGCAGAAGUAUACCACCAAUGAGGUUCCCUGCUCUGCUAAACAAUUGCCUUGUAUUUAAAAAAACUAAACAAAACAAAUAUCUUGUAUUCGAUAUCAAUUGCCGAUUAAGUGAUACUUUCCUGAUAAGCAAAAUAUUGUAGUAGUCACGUGCCUAUACAAAUGUUUACGGACCCACUGCAAAAUGCAGUAGCUACCUCCUAUAUUUUGUAAAGUAUGGGUCUUUUAAGUCAAGAAGUAAUGAAUAUAAGACAAUUUCAUAGAUGUAAUCAGCAUGCAUCACAUAAAGCGAAGGCAACAAAAUGCCUUACCAAGCUUUGCUUCUGCUUGCAUGACGAAGCUUAGUAGCUUUUUUUUUCCUCCCUCCCCAGGCAAUUGUAACAUAUUGGGUUGGUAUUCUUGAAAAUCCAGCUUACAGCGGUACAAUUUGCAAGAGACAAGUUACUGAAUAUUUCAUGUUUGGAGGAUAUGACUAAAAGCUACAACACUGCAGUUAGUACUGAUACCACAGUUGGUUUUAUUCAAACUCAUCUCUCUCAGUUUCUGUUUACAUACAAACAUAAAACAAUUCCAUCUGAAUUGAUUCCAACUACAUAUAUUUUUAGUCAUGAUUAGAAAUGCACUUCAUUUCAAUAAUGUCAUAACAGAUCCACGCAAUUUAGAACGAUUUGCUCCCGCUACCUCUUGCAACAACUGACGUGGAUGUGCUGUUUACACAGAAAAUCUGCAGGAUCACUAAACCUUGUCAUGUUAUGCAUAAUGCCGGCAGGAACAAGAUGAUAUUUUGACUUUAUUUCUAGUCUCUUAUUGAAGUAAUUUUACAUUUCAGAGUUGGCAUUUCUGAUACAACACACCUUGUGAAUGUUAAGAAAAUUAACACUUAACGCAACAUACAACUAAUUAACACAUUUGUUGAUUUGGAAAUCAUAUGCACUUUUCAUUCUUAUCAGAUAGUUUGUAUUAAUAUUGAUUUUAUCAGUUCAACUAUACAGAGUUGUAUAUUAAAUAAAAAAAAUCUACAAUGUA